CACCAUCUACACACACACAGUUCAUUGAGCUUGCAUUGUGAUGGAAUCUAAUCUGGCAAGUGGUUCCUGUGAGAAUGGCACUGCCAUGCUGGCACAGUUCGAGCGAGCUCUGCGCCUGGUCAUGCGCGAGAUCCACGUCGACGUUGCAACUUUCAAGCGAAACGUGGAGCAACGCCUGGAGGAGGCUUGUAAAGGCGCCAAACCCCUAGAGAACAUGGUUUCAAGGCUCCAGGAGGAAAAUCAGCAGCUAAAAGAGAAGCUUGAAGCACUUUCCCAUCCCACAUUACCUUGGAUAGCGAGCCAGUCAAGUUCUCAGGGAAAGCAUGAUCUCCAUGAAGUCCAGGCCCAAAUCCAAGCAGAGAGAUGUAGCCCUGGAAAUGCAUCUUCUAUUGAGGAUGAAGAAACCAGUGAUCCAGCUGAAUCAUACUUACUUGGUGGAUCUUUGUGUGUGGAUUCCGAAUCUUCUUCCUCCAGCACCCCCUCCUCCCCCAUUGCUUCUGUGACCAGCACCAUUAACCUGGAUGCAAGUUAUAAGUCUAACGGGAUAAACAGAGAGAAGAAGGAUCUGGACUGGAGAAUAAACCUGAAAAAGCACAAGGUAAAAGACAAAUUGAAAGAAGAGUCAAGACUGGUCAGUAAACAGCAUAGACUCUCUGAAUCUUUGACCAUCUCGUCUUCUCAAAUACAUCCUAAUGCAGACCCCAGACCUGAAUCUCCUUUAGGCAGUGAAUAUUCUGGAUUCUCUGGAUAUUCUGGAUACUCAAUAUCACAGGAUGUUAUGUCAUCAGUAUCCAGUCAGCACGUGACAUCUGUCGCCAUGACUACAAGACAGCGUCCAUUGACAGCUACGAGCAGAGCAAGAGAUUUGGCCGUGCAGAAGUCGAUAGUACAGCUUACUGCAGAGACCCAGAAAAUACAGUCAUCAAACAAUAGCCAAACCAUGUCUAUGGUUUUGAAGGAAGCACCCCAGGAAUCGAGAGCUGCUGAAGGUUGCCCAUUAAACCCUACAUCUCCGAGGCCUUGGAGGAUACAACGUAACCCACGCACCAUUCUUACUAAACUCAUACCACCACCACCACAAUUUAGACAUUCACCUAUUGAGCUCUCCACACCAGAGCCAAACACAGACUCCUCCCCUGAAUCUGGCAAGGUCCAGAAAUUAAGGACACCAAAGAACCAUAACUCUACAACUAACUCACAGUUUCAUCUUUUGCCCUCUGAAAAAGUCUCAUCAAAGGCAAUAGAAAAGUCCUCAUUUGAGAAUGCAGAAAUUGCUUCCGAGACCAAGGAAGUGACAUCAAUGGUCAGCAGUCUGGAAACUACAGGAAAGCAAAAUCUAUUGGUCAAUACAGACAUCAUGACAACUCCAAAAAUCAAGCAAUUAACCAAUCAAAAUGCUGAUCUGCCUUUCAGCCAAUUGGCUUUAGAUACAGCUAUGUCUGCAAAGAACCAUCAUGUGGCUCCUUUGGCUAUAUUGGAAAAUAACAGCACCACAAUCAAAUCCUCAGAAUCUACUUUAAGAACUGAGCGUUUACUCUCCUCACAAGUGCUCCAGUCAAAGGUCAAUAUUCAGUCAAGCUUGGGAUCCAUUGCAGAACCCCAGCAACCAAACAGCAUUAUAAACAUACCUCAAAGCCCCAAAUCUGCCAGAUCAACAAUCCAAUGUCCUGCUCCAUUUAAACCAUCAUGUACACUUAAGGCAAAUGAAUCUCCAUUCAAAGCUGAUGCCAAAGCUUCAGAAACCAGUGCAUCUGUAUACAACCACCACGUGGCUCCAUUUUCUCUGACCUCUCCAAUAUCUGCUUGUUCCUCAGAGCCCUCGGAGCCACCCCUCAGAGACCAUUCUCAAGCAACCAGUUCAACUCAAAAUGCAGAGGCACUUACUACACCAAUAACACACCUACCUACGAGUAGUGCAGCUGUUCCUCUGAGCCCUAAACCUCUAAGGCCAACUAACCAAAGCCCUGCACCAUUCAAGUCUUCAUCUGUACCAAGUCCAGUAAUUAGAUCACACCACAGAAUUGUUCAGACAGAAAAAAUGUCAUCUACGAGCAUUCUUUAUGAGAAACAAGCCACUGUCCUGGAGUCUCAAGUUGUCCAAUCUGCAAAAUCUAAUUUAAAUGUUCACAUGAGCCCUAAGAUUAAACCAACCAAGCUGAUCCUAAAUGAGCGUUCUUCUACUAACUGUAACCACAAUCCUUCUCCUGAAAUGAUGCAGAAACCACUGUUAGCUGUACCUUCACCAAUAUCUGACACUACAAUUUCACCGGUCAGUAAAGAAGAUCAAGAGUCUUCCAGCAAAGUGACUCCUCAACCUCCUGUUGCCGCAUUCACACAAAUAAGCCCACGACCUAUCAAAAGACUGACAAACCACGACCUCAUGCAAAAUCAAGAUGCCAGUCUUACCAGCUCUCAGUCUGUUGUUCAUCUUAACUCUGCUGAGACAUCUAGUGUAUCCUCAAAGGUCAACGAAACCCAAUAUCCAGUUCAGUUGCAACAGGAAAUGAAGUCAACAGGGGGCAGUUUCUCCCCUUCUCAGCUGUCUUUUGGAUCUCUAGGCAAACGUUCAGAUUCACCAUCUGGAAGUGAGUACUCAGGCUACUCAUCAGUCUAUUCAUCUGUGCAUCAGGAGGUGAGGUCAUCUGCCCAGCAGAUUGCAACCUCUAUAACUUGCAUGAGCCCCAGACGCCAAAGACGAGUAACCAAUUACAACACAGAGAAGUUGAUUGCAUCAUCACAGACAGAAGCCUGUACAGAAUCAGGACAAGAGAGGACAUGCAUGCCUCGUGUCGUCUCACAGCCUCAGCUCUCAAAUUUUCUAGCUAGAAGAGCAGAAUCACCUGUUGACAGUGAGUAUUCUGGAUACUCCUCAGUUUAUUCCUCAGUGUCACAGGAGGUACAAUCAGCCAUAGAUGUAUCCACAACGGCCCCAAAACCCCAACCACCGGUCACUUCUAUGAUUCGUAUGAGCCCAAAGCCUGUCCGGAGAUCAACCAAUCCCAGUUCUUCUCUCCCUAACCCCUCCCCUCCACUAAAAUCAAAAGUGUUUGGCCAAUCAGUGCUAAGUAAUAAAUCAUAUCCACCAAUCAUUGACUCUUCUACUAAUUCUGGGAUGUUACAGGAUAUGAAGUCAUCACUCAGCAGUCAGUACCCAGCCAUCUCCUCUCCACAGCUGUCUGCUACACGCAACAACCAAAUCCCACAAAGCCCCAAGUCCAUCGCCAGGUCAAGCAACAUUUCUCAGCCUAACACUACACCCCAUUUUAACCCAUUGCUUUUCAGCCAAUCGACAUCUGACCCAGCCGUUUCUAAACCAUCAACCAUCAUGGACUCUCCCAGCAGACCUGUGUCAGCAGUCAAACCAUGGACUGCUAACCAGAAGAUAAAUACAAGUUCACCUGGCAAUCCAGACAAGACUAUAUCUAAACCAGCUCAUUUCUCUGAUUCCAAACCUCUCACUGAGAACUUCAUCAAGACUUCUGACAGUGUGAAUGGUAAAGAGAGUUUGGCAGGAUCACAGAUGCUGCCCAGAAACUUCCAGAGCAAGCAGGCCUUGUUUCAGAGAAUGGAUUCGGAACCUAGCAGAGAUAAGAGCGUGGAGUCGAGACCUAAACUGGGACGAUCUCAGAGCUUCAAUACGAGUGCCAGUGGCAUUAAACAGCUCUUGCUGGAAUGGUGCCGCUCCAAAACCAUUGGCUACCAGCACAUAUAUAUCCAUAAUUUUUCCUCCAGCUGGACUGAUGGAAUGGCCUUUUGUGCUUUAGUGCACUCUUUCUUUCCUAAUGAGUUUGACUACAGUCAGCUGAAUCCUGCGCACCGUAAAUACAACCUGGAUUUGGCCUUCACCACUGCUGAGGAGAAGGCAGACUGCAUUCGGCUGAUCGAGGUUGAAGAUAUGAUGGCAAUGGGCUCCAACCCGGACCCCAUGUGCGUGUUUACGUAUGUGCAGUCCCUUUACAACAACCUCAAGAAGUUUGAGUGAUCGCUUCCUACAUGAGGCAUUGUUUCUAUGCGUUCUCAUUAGGGUUACAGGCAUAUUGGGUUUCAUAGUCUUAUUUGUUACUUCUGCUAUUUUGGAAACAGUUUUGUUCAGCCAGGCACUAAGCAGGUUUGGUAAGGAAUAAAAAAAAUAAAAAAUAAAAAAUAAAAACAGGUCAGGAGCAGAAGAUAGAGUACAACAGAGCAUCCUACAAUAUUUAAUUUCUCUAAAAUCUCAGCAACUAAUACAUUUUCUUUUUAUUUAAAAAUGACAAUUUUAAUAGUUAAUAGUUGCAUUUAUUGUUGUGUGAAGGAUACAGAACAACUUCCACUUAUCUUUUAGAUGUUAUAAACAACAAUUUACAUAAAACAUGUCAUAUCAACAAUACAUGUUUUUUAGCACACAUACAUAGAUAUUAACCCCUUUUUUUUUGCAAAUGCAUUAUUAACAUUGAAUUAUAUGGAGCAGGGUAGCUGUAAGUUGUUACUAUAGAAACAAUGAUGUAUUAGAAUACUAGCAUAAACCUGUGAGUGUCACUGAAGUCAGAAUAUUUGCUAAAUUGUUAAAACCCACCAAUCAAUCACACACAUUCUGCCCUUCUUCGGAACGUAUUGAAGACAUGGUAAAAAUGGUUUGUGUUAUAGCAAGAAAAUUGCACAUGUGUCAAGUGAUGUCCUUUUGUAUGAUGCCUGCAUGGGACAGCAUUGUGGAAUAGAUGCAGUUAUACAGCUGGACUGGUGAAAUAAUACGUGUUUUUGAUUUUUUUUAAAUGAGUAAAAUUAAUCAAAAUAUGUUUAUCUGGUUUACAAAUUACAUUAUGGUUUACACUGUGUCUGCUGUCUUAACUUCUUUCCACUGAACCGAGUGGUGAGAAUGGGACAAAGAGAGAAGCCUCUAACAUGAAAAAGGGAAGUGUGUGUGUAUUCAAAGGAGAGUGUCAUUACAUUGUGGGGAAGAGAGAAAUUAUCAGUGGCUACAGGGGUUUUUGAAGAAAACCGUUCUGUGUGGCAAGACGUGUGUGAAGUGUUGCACCUGAGGACGUGGCAGCGAUUUCCUUUUGUCUUUGUUCUGAGGAGAAGACCGAAGCAAGUCCCUUAGAGGACUGCUCUGAAUAAUAAAUAUGGUAGUAUAGAUGAGACCCAGGGGUUCGACUGGAUGUCGGAAUUCUAACCUAAAAACACAUUUAGAAAAAGUAUAGAUCUGAAUUAGCAGUGUUGGAGGGAAAUCUGGGAAAUGUCAUUGUAAAACAUUUUAGAACAUACACAUGUUUAUUGUCUUAAAACAGCUGGAAUGAAGUUUUACAGCUGCAAUGUACAUGGUAUCAUGUUUGUCACCAAUAAACGUAUUGUGUACAAG